AUGCAGGACAACGGCAGGAAGUUUGCUGAUUCAAAUCCCAUGUCCGACAGGGAAGAAUCUGGGCUGGACUGGCAUCUGGAAGGUUUAUCUGGGUGGUGGUCAUCUACAUCAGAGAAACGAACCUACAGGGGGAUCCGCUUCUCACGCCACGCUAGAGACGUCAGCCUGCAGGAGAACGCCGCCAAAGGUACCGCUGUGGUGCAGACUCAGGCCCAGUACCCUGAUGGAUCCCAUAGUGGGAUCAGUUACAGCAUCUUCAGCGGCAACACCCUACACUCCUUUGGAAUCAGCUCCUCCACUGGUGAGAUCUGGGUACAGAGCUCCAUGGGGCUGGACUAUGAGGAGACCCCUAGACUCCGCCUAGUGGUGAAGGCUGAAACUGCAUCCUCCAGUUCCUUCAUGGCGGUCAACCUGAUCCUUCAGGACGUCAAUGACAACCUGCCGCGCUUCCAGCUGCAGAACUAUGUAGCCUACAUACGAGAGGCACAGGGAUAUCAUUUCCCUAUUAUACAGGUGGUGGCUGAUGACCUGGACCAGGGCCAGAAUGGUCAGGUGACCUACAGCCUGAGGUCGUCGUCUCUCAGCGGCCUGUUCAAGAUCGACCCGCUGACCGGAAGCAUCACCACCGCCGCUAUCAUGGACCGAGAGAUCUGGACACAAACCAAGCUGGUUGUUACGGCAACGGACCGGGGAACACCACGAUUGGCCGGCUCGGCGACCCUCACGGUGAUAAUCGUGGACCUCAAUGACAAUAGUCCUACAAUCCCCUUGCCGCGCGAGAUCAGAGUGCCAGAGAACACUCUGAUUGGCUCAGUAAUAACCCAGGUGACUGGAAACGACGUUGACUCAGGCCCAACCCUGUCUUACACCCUCCAAGUGGACCCGUCCUCCCAGGGCGUGUUUGGGAUCCAUCGCUACGGGGGCGGGGUGUCUCUGACCGCCCCUCUGGACUACGAGGAGAGGACCUGGUACACGCUGACAGUCAGGGCUACUGACUCCAAACACCAGACUGAAGCUAACCUCACCAUACUGGUGGAGGAUGUCAAUGAUAACGCUCCUACUUUCACACAGGAUCUUUACCAGGUGAUUCUGGCAGAGCACUCCCCAGCUGGCAGUGCAGUUGUCACUGUGACAGCCACGGACCGCGACUCUGGAGAGAACGGCCGCGUCAUGUACAGAGUGAUGUCAUCAACCCGGGACAUUUUCUACAUCGACCCCAGCAAUGGUACCCUGUUCCUCACCCAGCAGGCAGAGUUUGACUCUGAGAACCCUUCUAUCCUGGUGGUAAUAGAGUCCAGAGACAUGGGAACACCAGCCCUCUCCUCCACCGCUACUGUACAGGUCCAGGUGACUGACGUCAACGACAACGCGCCCAUCUUCCACCAAUCAGAGUACAGAGCCACGGUGUCGGAGGACGGCCUUCCGGGCGCCACCAUCCUGACCCUGGAGGCGGCCGACGGCGACGCGUCACGCGACAACUGCGGCUUCGACUUCACUAUAGCCAGCGGAAACGCAGGCAAUGCCUUCCAGAUCGAGAGCAGCGUACGCUUCCUGGAAGGACGGGGAUUCCAGACGGUAGGCAGCCUGGUAUUGACCGGUGAGGGGCUGGACUUUGAGGCGGUUUCCAGUUACAACCUGACCGUGGUCGUGUCAGACCGCGGCGUGCCCCAGAGGAGCUCGGCUGUCUCUGCGCUGAUCAGUGUGACGGAUACUAACGACAACCCUCCGGCGUUCAGCAGGGCAGAGUACAGUGUGGUGCUGAGUGAAGGAGCAGCCACAGGGACUGAGGUCCUCAGCCUGUCUGCAACAGACCCAGACUCCCCAGCCGUAGGGAAGGUGCAGUACCUGAUCAGCUCUGGGGAUGAGACGGGUAUGUUCCAGGUAGACCGCUGGACCGGAGCCCUGAGGCUGCAGAGACCACUGGACAAUGAGAGACAGGCAUCCCAUGUGAUCAUUGUGCAGGCGUCAGAUGGACAGGGUCACUAUGCGCUGGCUCCAGUCACUGUGGAGGUGAAGGACAUUAAUGACAACAGACCUUACUUCCCUCUGCCCAUCCUCACCGCCAGCGUCAGAGAGAACCAGCCUCACAACACCCUUGUCACCAUGCUGCACGCCAUCGACCAGGACACGGGAGUCUUCGGACAGCUGAGRUACUACAUGUUGGACAAGACUGGAGAGGGGAAAGACGCCUUCCUGGUCAACCAGACGUCAGGYGARGUCCGGACUCGCUYCACCUUCGACUUUGAGAARGUCAACUUGUUCAACUUUGUAGCUCURGCCAUGGACGCAGGGAACUACUCKGCMACGGUGACCRUCCAGGUGUACGUGAYRGGGGAGGAUGAGUACGACCCUGUGUUCUCCGACUUAGAGUUCUCCUUCCUGGUUCCUGAGGGGGCGAAGAAGGGCCAGAGCAUCGGUCAGGUGACAGCCAGAGACGAGGACGAGGGAGUGGACGGGAUUGUUCUGUACUCCCUAGCUGACCCCUCGCCCUACUUCCAGGUCAAUGCAUCAACGGGCGUGGUCUCCCUGAAGAUGGACAGCCAYGUCCGWCAYCUGAGCAGGKCCAAGAGGGAGGUCCGUGUGAUGAMCCUUGACCUGAMGGCCCACAGCCCUCUGGAGACGUCCCGCGUGGCUACCGCCCGCCUCACCGUUGACGUGACAAACACAUCCUUCGGCCUGGUGUCGGACAUGAACCUGCUGCUGGUCAGUGUGAUCGCUGUGUCCCUGGGAGCCAUCCUCAUCCUCAUCUUCAUYGCCAUGGCUCUGUUCUGUGUGAGACUGAGACGUCAGAGGAAGGAGCAGCAGAGUYGCUGCAGACCUCCAGCCUCUCCCGGCCAYGGCACSAUGCURCACAAACUAGAGGAGACUAAAGUCACCGGCACUGACCGGAACGACCGCAUCUACCAUCAGGCCUUACCAGGGUACGUUUCCGACCAAACAGGGAGUGGAGGGGGAGGGCCAUACCCCCGCGGGGGCUCCCUGGACCCAUCCCACUCCAGCGGGCGUGGCUCAGCGGAGGCGGCGGAGGACGAUGAGAUCCGGAUGAUCAACGAGUACCCUCGUGUCUCCUCCAUCUCUUCGUCCAUGCAGGAACACAUCUCAGCCCGCGGGCCAGACUCUGGUAUCCAGCAGGACGCUGACCAGCUGUCUGACGUCUCGUGUGAGCCCAACAUUGACGCCAACCAGUGGUUCAAGGCCAAGAAGCUGGCCAGUCUCAGUGGGACUCUGCUGGCUGGCCAGGUGCCUGUCUACAGGGAGGAUGGAGGAGGUUAUCUGGGGGUAGGGAGGGGGCUGAACAUCUCCCACCCUAAAGACUAUGCCUUCCCAGUGGAUGGUAAACCCGCUGUGGACGGCUCCCUCACAGCCAUAGUGGCCAGUGACGAGGAGCUGAGGGGCAGUUAUAACUGGGACUACCUGCUGAACUGGUGCCCACAGUUCCAGCCAUUAGCAACGCCCCUCAUCGGGAUAGCGAGGUUAAAGGAUGAACCGGACACUCCUACCUCGGCAGACUCUCCAGCACAAGCCAAGGUGGACCCCAAACCCCCUCGCAUUGACCCCGCCGCUAAUACCUCCGUAGCCCACCCCGGGGCGAAGACAGUCCCGGUCAAGCCUGCUCCUGUCAAGCCUUCUGUGGGCAGGUCUUCCUCCCACCUGGCCUCCCUACGGAGGUCCCCAUCAGUCCACGAGGGCUCCCCCUCUCAGUAGCCAUGUCCCAGCUUCUCCCUCCUUAUCCCCCUGGCCGCCCGCUCCCGGCCAUCAUCACCCUUCGGGGUCACCCAGGGCCCCUCAGCCUCCAUGAUCAGCACCACUGAAACAGACAUGGAGCACAGUGAGGAGGCCGAGAUGAGGAUAUAGACCUAUCGACUCACAGGUGAGGAUAUAGACUCUAUCGACUCACAGGUGAGGAUAUAGACUCUAUCGACUCACAGGUGAGGAUAUAGACUCUAUCGAGGUACUGGUGAGGAUAUAGACUCUAUCGAGGUACUGGAGAUUGGAAGACUGAUACUGAGUUAUUGUUCCUCAAAAAACAGAAGUGUUGUCUCAAUUGACACUCGAUUYAGGUUGCAGGGUGGUACCCCUCCUAAUGUGUAAUGGUCACAGUAUCUGGUGUCAAUAGACUGGAUCGUACAGUGUACCUUCCAUUCUGGCCAGAACACAGAGUGUGGUUAGCACUGUAGAUAAAUAAUGAAGUAACUCUCAAACCACCAAAGGUGGUAGAUGCAUCAUAAACUAAUGGGACUCUCAAACUGGACUAGAAUCAAAACUGAGACCAAAAUGGAUGUUGCCUGUUCCUGAAGACUUCCUCUUCCCUCGAUCCAAUCAGUGUCAAGAGAACUAAACUACCCAGGAUUUGCACAUUCUAACGGGGAGCCAUGAUGUCCAUAUUUUGUAGAAGAUACCUCUUUUUGUCUAUAUUUUUAUACUGACUUUGGUUUCUGACUAGAAAUGGCACUAAUUCUGUGUCAGAGGGCUGUUAUAGCCUCAGAAUAUAUUUCCAUAUGUGUAUAUUUGUAGCUAUGUAACAGUAUGUUUGAACUGUAUGUUGGUUCUAUCUCAUGUACUUAACCAUUAAUGUGUUUUUGGAACGAAACAAAGCUCUUUAUUUCUAUUAGUGUGAUUGAUUGGGGGGAUAUGCUGUCAUUUCUUGUAAAUAUUUAUUACAGAGGAGUGAAAAAGGAGCUUGCCUUGCUGGAAGAACAUGAUGCCAGUAUCAAUAAGGUGUUUGGUCAAGAAGCUUUCAAAAAUAAUCUGGUAGCGUGUUGGAUCCCUCUCAUACUAAUUCAGUGUGCCAUAUGUGUGUCCCAAUGGCACCUAUUCCCUAUAUAAUGCCCUACCUGGUCAAAAGUAAGGCACUAUAAAGGGAAUAGGGUACCAUUUGGGAUGCAGCCAUAGUCUUUUGAGUCUUGUUUGAAAGGAUCAGUCACACAUGUUCUCAUGUCCUACACACGUUCCUGUGUUUCUUCCCUCCAGUCUAGUUUAGGUGAACUUGACAUCCAUUAAUCAUGUCCUUCCUUUCAGGUGUUCUUAAUCCCUUAAUCACGAUGAGCCUUACAGGUCUACUUGGUAUUCUAGUGGCACAGUAGACACAGACAAGGGCAGAACCACCCAGACACAGACAGACAGGGGAGGUCAGAAAGAUUAUAGAGACCAGCUGCAAUAUAACUACAAAGUUGUCAGCAAUAGAACAAAGAAAAAAAACAAUGUCAUGUAAUUCAGCAGACCGGUCUAGUUGUUAUUCUAGAGGCAGUAGAACCAUCCAGACAGACAGGUGACAAAACAGCUGACAUGAGGUUUGAGUAGAGGUUGUGUGUGACCUGUGAGGUUUGAGUAGAGGUUGUGUGUGACCUGUGAGGUUUGAGUAGAGGUUGUGUGUGACCUGUGAGCGUUUGAUAGAGUUGUGUGUGCCCUGUGAGGUUUGAGUAGAGGUUGUGUGUGCCCUGUGAGGUUUUGAGUAGAAGGUUGUGUGUGACCUGUGAGGUUUGAGUAGAGGUUGUGUGUGACCUGUGAGGUUUGAGUAGAGGUUGUGUGUGACCUGUGAGGUUUUGAGUAGAGGUUGUGUGUGUGACCUGUGAGGUUUGAGUAGAGGUUGUGUGUGACCUGUGAGGUUUGAGUAGAGGUUGUGUGUGACCUGUGGAGGUUUGAGUAGCAGGGUCCUCCCAGGAUUUUUAACAAGGUGGUGCUGCUAAGUAUGGUGGGGCGGGGGGGUUGCUAAACCCCUGCAACUGUCAUUUCCUGCAAUCUAAAACAAAACAUUUCUUUAAAUGAUGAUAAAUAAAGUAAACACAUUUUUUGGGGCACAGCCAGACACGGUUGGCGCAGCGCCCCUCAUACAUUCUUUGUGGAAAACCUAAAGGUUUGAGUAGGGGUUUUUUGGUGUACCUCUGACAGACUGAAUAAGGGUUGUGUGUGUACCUCUGACAGCCUGAAUAAGGGUUGUGUGUACCUCUGACCGACUGAAUAAAGGUUGUGUGUGACCUCU